UUCAUCCCUCUCCGUCUCGUUAAACCCAGCCGCAACCCCUUACGUUUUCUUCUUCAGCCCGCGCUGCCACUGGCCUCCCCGACAAGCGACGGCGAGCUUCUCCCAGCGACGGCAGCGUCCCAAGGACUGUUCAGAGUCUUUCUCUCGGCGAUUCGUUAGCAACCAACGAACUUCCGCGAGCGGCGGCGGGUGCGUUUUCCUUCUGUCGUUCCUUUUCUGUUCUCCGGCGAUGCUUCAUCUUCUGCUUCAGAAACCAUUUUCAUGAACAAAAACUAUCUUCCCAAGAACAUGAACGGCGGCGGCGCUUUUCUCUCGAGUUGCCGUUAACUAUUGCUUUUGUUAUGGCUGUUUUCUCUGUCAGUGCAAAUAAUUAAUCGUAAUCAGCUUGAGGAAUUUGCGUCUCUUUGUACCUUCUCUGUUUUGUAGUGAAGAUGGCGAAGAAGAAAACUUUGGCUCCUCCCAAAGGGGCAAAGAAGGGGAAGAAUUUUCCACUUAGUAAAGACCCUUUCUUUAGCUCUGAAUCAAGGAAACGAAGGAAGAUUGUAGAUGAUGAGAUUGAGAGCGGCGAGUCAGACGAGGACAAUGGGUUCGUGAGCGCUGAGGAUGUGGAGUUUGAGGAAGAAACUGCUGACGAGAAAAGGAAGAGAGUAGCUAGCGAGUACUUGGAGAAAAUUCGGGAAAUUGCGAGGAGAGAAAAGGAGAGGGAGGAUAAAGAGAAGGAUGAGGAUGAGAGUAACGACGAAGGCGAAAAAGAUUCACUUGUUGCUCAGAUUCUUCAGCAGGAGCAGCUCGAAGAUAGUGGAAGGGUUCGGAGAGAAAUUGCUUCACGGGUUCAGAAUCCAGUAGCUAGCGAUGAAUUUCAACUCUUGGUUAAGCACAGACAGUCCGUUACAGCUGUGGCUCUAUCCGAGGAUGAUUUGAAGGGGUUUUCAUCAUCUAAGGAUGGUACCAUCUUACACUGGGAUGUAGAUAGUGGUAAAUGGGAAAAGUACCAAUGGCCCAGUGAUGAAGCAUUGAGAUUGCAUGGUGCUAAGGACCCCCAAGGUCGAGCUACUAGGCAUAGUAAAGUCACUUUGUCGUUAGCAGUCAGUUCUGAUGGUCGAUAUUUGGCAAGUGGAGGCUUAGACCGCCAUGUGCAUAUAUGGGAUACUCGGACAAGAGAGCAUAUUCAGGCAUUUCCUGGUCAUAGAGGACCUGUUUCGUGUUUGACUUUCAGGCAAGGGACCUCAGAACUUUUUUCUGGUUCACAUGAUCGAACUGUCAAAAUAUGGAAUGUGGAGGACAGAGCUUAUAUAAAUACAUUAUUUGGUCACCAAAGCGAAGUAUUGACUAUCGAUUGCCUACGGAAAGAAAGAUUACUUACUGUUGGACGUGAUCGGAGUAUGCAAUUAUGGAAGGUUCCAGAGGAGUCCCGUUUAGUAUUUCGUGCGCCUGCAUCAUCCUUGGAAUGUUGCUGUUUUAUUAGCAAUGACGAGUUCUUAUCUGGAUCAUCCGACGGCAGUAUUGAGCAAUGGACUGCAUUAAAAAAGAAGCCUGUUUAUAUUGUACGAAAUGCUCAUCCUUCUUCAUUGUCUUGCUCAAAUUUGGAGCUAAAGGAAAAUGGAGCCAUCCCCAAUGGUUGUAUGGGAAAUGGGGAUGCGAAUCAUAAUACCUCUCACAGUUCGUCGGCAUACUCUUGGGUAAGUUCAGUCUCAGUAUGUAGAAACAGUGACCUUGCUGCAUCGGGUGCUGGCAAUGGUUGUGUUCGUUUAUGGACUCUCACAAGUGAUAAGAAAGAUGUUCGACCAUUAUAUGACCUCCCUCUGGUUGGGUUUGUGAACUCCUUGACUUUUGCCAAAUCUGGAAAGUUUGUGGUAGCUGGAGUUGGGCAGGAACCUCGACUAGGAAGGUGGGGGAGAAUCCCAGCUGCUUGGAACGGAGUUGCAGUUCAUCCCCUUAAGCUCUCGUGAGAUUGAACUGAAGAGUUCUAUCCACAUCAAAUUUUGACUUCUCAGAGUUCUAAGUAGAAUUGAAAAAGGUCGCCUCUUCUCCUCCCUCCAUUCCUCUCUGUAUUUUAUUUAUUUAUGUGUUUUUUUUUUUCACUUGCCUUUAACUUCUUACCACAUUUUGGCCAUGGUAGCAAUAGUCAAAUUAGAACAUUCAUAUUUCUUAGUGAGACAAAUUAGAGCAUUCAUAUUUCUUAGUGAGAAGGGUGAGUUGGCAAGCCAUUUAGAGCAUUCAUAUUUCUUAGUGAGAAGGGUGAGUUGGCAAGCCAUUGUGGGCUUUAAAAGGCUUCCCAAAUUGUAUUGCAAAGAUAGAUCCUGUUCAUAAUUACAUGAGCUAAGUUGGGUUUUUCCAGCAUUUUCCU